AUGAUCGUGUCCCACCAAAAGCUUCAGCACAGGACGUCUACCAAGAUUCUCCGAGGAGUCACAGGGCAACCACUCCAAGUAUCAACUGAGGUGACACUCCACUUUCAAAUGGCUGAGGAUUCUGUCAUUGUUCAUCAGGCCAGUGUGGUUGACGUCUCCUUCCCAGGUGACAUACUUAUUGGGAUGGAUCUCCUCAGACGGCUGGACUUCACUUUCUCCUCCGAAGCGUCAACUGGGAAUGCCACCAUUACUCUGCAGGGACACAAGUUCUCAGUAGUAUAUACUGAUGCAGAGUCUCUCAAGAUCUGUUGCAUCAAACCCCUGUCACCUACAGAAGAUGCCAGUGAAGAUGCACCAGUUUCUGCCCAAGAUCCUCAGACCGUUGCAGCAGUGCAUCUUGUUCACCGUGCAAGUAUUGCAGCUCACAGUGGCUGCUUUGUUGAAGGCUGUGUUUCGCGGAACGGACCAACAGAUGGCGAUAUCCUUGUAGUUCCAGCUAUGCCGAAAGGACUUCUUUUACCUCAUGCUGUCACAAAGGUGAAGGAUCGUCGGUGCUCUGUGUGGGUGGUGAAUGCGACUCCAAAACCGAUGGUUUUACAUAAUGGAACACGCCUUGGGAAGGCAGAGCAGGUAGAAGCCAUUUACACCAAUGACCCAUCUCAACAACUGCCCAAGAUGCCUGAGGAAGUCGUCGCCAGGUCCAACUACUGUCCUGUCGAGCCUGAUUCCCUUGAGGAUGGAGAAACCUUUGACUUUGAGUGGGAAGAAGAUUGCUUUGACCGACAAUAUGGAGUCGAAGACUUCGGCUAUGAUGAUGAGCUGGAGGUUGAACACAUGGAGCUGCCACCCUCUAUUGCCAUUGCUGCCUGUGAAGCUGCCGAACUCCUGGAACACGGUCCAAACCUGGAUGACCACCCGAUGCCAGAUCUCGGCCACCUUGAAGACCCCCAACGCCAUCAGCUGACUGAGCUGCUUUGUCGUUUCAAGGGGCUCUUUGAUGGUGGUGAAGAAGCUGUAGGUCUUGUACCUGGAAUCAAGCAUCAGAUUGACACAGGAGAUGCCAAGCCUGUUUGCAUCCGACAGUGGCGAUUACCCCAUUCAACACGGCAAGUUAUUCGUGAGCAGUGUGACUCUAUGCUUCGCUCAGGGGUCAUUGAGGAAUCCACAUCCCCCUGGAUGAGCCCUGUUGUGCUGGUUAAGAAGAAGGGAGGAGCUCUCAGGUUCUGUGUUGAUUACCGUGGCCUGAACGCAGUGACCAAGGGUGAUACGUAUCCUCUGCCUCUUAUCAGCGAACUCAUCGAUGAACUGGGCCCAAAGAACAUCUUUACCACCUUAGAUGCCCGCGCUGCAUACUGGAGUGUGGAAUUGGAAGAAGAGGAUCGACCAAAGACGGCGUUUUCAGAUGGCUACCGACUCUUCCAGUUCUGCCGUCUUCCUUUUGGCUUAUCAACAGCUCCAACCACGUUCCAGAGGACUAUGAAUGUCGUCUUAUCGUCGGUACUGGGACGUCAUACAUUAGCCUACUUAGAUGACGUAUCAUUUACAGCCACAACUUCGACCAACACCUCCAAGAUCUAG